CAUUAGUUCGUUUGUAGCCUGUUAGUAAUAUACUCCUACUAGACUUCUAUCUCCUGGUAAAGCAAAUAGUACAGAACACAUACACCUCCUCUCCCUCUCUGCACAACCGACCUCUCCGACCUCUCCGUCUCUGAACCACCGCCCUCUGUCCCUCUCCGACCUCUCCGUCUCUGAACCACCACCCUCUGUCUUCCUCUCCAUCUCGGCCAACUCCGUAGGUGGACAUUUAUUCUACUUAUCAUUCCAUCUCUCAAGAACUUCAUCUCCGGUGAAGAUUGAUGGAGCGCGAUGAGGAGCGUUGGAAAAAGUUCAAAGAAGAGCAGAGAAAACGUUUACGAGAUAUUGAAGAACAGCGUGUCCCAAAGAUGACAGAUUUGGAGAAUUUGGCUGGCAAACGCAGGAUUAAGUUGCAAGCUGGAAACAGACAUAAUAUAUUCAAGAGCUACUCACAUUUGGUUGCUGAUUAUAGCCCAUUGACACCUGUGCCUGUAAUGUCUGAAACUUUGGAAAAGAUGGCGUCUGAAAUUACCAAGAAAUUGGACCAACACACCCAAAAAGCAAGGGCAAGAUCCAAAGCACAGAAAAAGGCUGCGGAAAAGGACGAUUUGAAUUUGAACACAAGUUUGUCAAACUCUGAGGCUUUAAGAAAGAUUGAGGCUGAAGCUAGGGAAAAACAGGACGAACGCAACAAGAAACGAAGGGAGAAAUACAAAGCACAAGCUAGGGAAAAACAGGACGAACGCAACAAGAAACGAAGGGAGAAAUACAAAGCACAAAAAGAGGCUUGCAAAAAGGAUGGUUUGAAUUUGGACUUUGAAGCUAGGGAAAAACAGGAUCAACUCAACCAAAAACGAAGGGCCAGAUACAAAGCACAUAAAGAGGCCACUUUGAGAAAGAUUGAGUUAGAAGCUAAGGAGAAACAUGAUCAACUCAACCAGAAGCAACGGGAAGUGAAGAACAAGAAAAGGCGUUCACGAUACCAAAAUGGUGAUGCCGAGAAAAGAGAAGAACGUAAGAACAAACGAAAACAGGUGUAUCGAAAUGAAAAUGAAGAACAAAAUAUGAAAUGUGAUGCUUCUAAAGUAAUUGUCAGGACUCCUGAAAAGAUUGCAGCUUUACCGACAUUGAGUAAAAGGAUGAGGAGCAAGAUAAAAUUAAACAAGGAAAAAUUUGCAUCGAGCAAUUCAAUACUUGAUAUAGGAUGUGCCGAUAAAAUCUGUUGUCACUGUGGGGCUUUGAUGUGGAGGUUUGAGCAAACAGAGAAGGAAUGCCAGUUGAAAUCAGAUAAGUUUUCUUUGUGUUGUGGGAAUGGAAAGGUACGCUUGCCACUAUUACGAGAGACUCCCUUUGAGUUGAAAACAUUACUAGAUCGGAGUAAUCCUAAAAGAACUAUGUUCCAAAAUAACAUCCGGAUGUACAACAACGCAUUCGGAUUUACUUCUGUUGGAGCUAAUAUGGAUAAAAGUAUUAAUAACGGGCGUGGACCUUUUGUUUAUCGUAUUCAUGGUGUACUUUACCAUCAGAUAGGUUCACUGUUUGCUGAAGAAUCCAAAAAGCCAGUUUUCUCGCAAAUAUAUAUGUACGAUAAUCAAGAACAGGUUAACAAGCGUAUGAAUUUUCCCAAUUCUGAAGAACCCCUUGACAGUGAAAUAACCGAAUUGUUAUCUGUGAUGUUGCACCGAGUGAAUGCUUUGGUGGAUAUAUAUAGACAAGUUCGAGAUAGAUACAAAGAAUCAGAAGUAAUUCCUGGAAAGUUGCGUUUAAUUGCAAAUAGGGACACAGAUGGUCGAGAAAGUAAUGUUCCAAGCAAUGCCUAUGACUUUGCAGGAUUAGUUGCAAACAGUAAUCUAGCAGAUGAUAGGGAUAUACUUGUCCACCCUCAUGAUGGAGUUCUGCAUAGGAUUUCAGUGCUCCAUCCAUGUUAUAUGUCCCUUCAGUACCCGCUUCUAUUCCCGUGGGGUGAAGAUGGUUUCAGAAUUGAUAUCUUACAUUCAGGGAUAAGUGAAAAAUCAGGAAAUAAAAGAGAUGUGGUUACCAUCAGAGAAUAUUAUUGUUACAGACUUCAGUACAGAGAUGCGGAAGGGCAUACUUUAAUUGGUGGGGGGCGGUUAUUCUUACAGUUUGUAGUUGAUGCAUGGGCAUGUAUUGAACAUACUAGACUUACAUGGGUCUUAACACACCAAACAAUAUUGAGGUCUGAUCUAUAUAACAAUGUUGUUGAUUCUGUUAAUAAAGGAGAUACUAAUGCUUCUACAAUUGGAAAACGGAUUGUAUUGCCAUCCUCAUUUACAGGUAGCCCACGUUACAUGCAACAAAAUUAUCAAGAUUGUAUGGCUAUUUGCAGAAAAUUCGGAAGCCCGGAUCUGUUCAUUACAUUCACAUGCAAUCCACAGUGGCCAGAAAUCAAGGAGUAUUGUGAUAAGGUUCCACACUGUAUCCCAGCUGAUAGGCCCGAUGUUAUGGCUAGAGUGUUCAAGAUUAAACUUGAAUUGCUUCUAGAAGAUUUGACAGAUAACCAUGUUCUUGGAAAAGUCAUUGGAGUUGCAUAUACCAUUGAAUUUCAGAAAAGGGGUUUACCCCAUGCACAUAUAAUUGUGUGGCUUGAGGAAUCUGACAAGUGUCACUCAACUGAUGACAUUGACCAGUUAAUAUGUGCUGAAAUUCCUGACAAAGAAAGUGAUGAAAUUGGUUAUGAUGCUGUUUCAAGGCAUAUGAUCCAUGGCCCAUGUGGAGCAUACAACAUAGAGUGCCCGUGCAUGAAGGAUGGAAAAUGUACCAAAUACUAUCCGAAAGAACUCACAAAUGAAACUACAAUUGACUCCAACGGUUAUGCAGUCUACAGACGUCGGGAUCACAAGCAUACUGUACACUUCAAAGAAAAAGAUAUUGAAAUUGACAACAGGUUUGUUGUUCCAUAUAACAGGGGUCUUCUUGUGAAGUAUCAGGCUCAUAUAAACAUUGAAUGGUGUAAUCAGGGGCGUUUGAUCAAGUAUAUGUUUAAAUACGUGAAUAAAGGUCCAGACAGAGCAACUGUCGUUGUUGAGACAGCUAAUGCUGUAGUUACCAAUGACACUAAACAAAUUGUCAAUGUUAAUGAAGUGGAAGAAUAUGUUUCAUGCCGCUAUCUUUCUUCUGCAGAGGCGUGUUGGCGUAUAUUUGAAUUUCCUAUUCACCAUCACAAACCGGUUGUUAUAAAAUUAGUGUUUCAUUUAGAGAAUGAACAACAAGUUUACUUUCGAGAAGACGAGACUUUGACGACAGUUGUGGACAGAAUAGACCCUAAUGCAACUAUGUUCAUUCAGUGGUUUCGAGUAAAUCGAGAAGAUCCAGCUGCUAGGGAUUUAACCUUUGUUGAGUUCCCUGAAAAAUACUUUUGGGAUAACACCGGAAAAAUAUGGCAGCGGCGAAAGAAAAAGAUGUGUGUAAUUGGUCGCAUGGUUUAUGUCCACCCCACCGCUGGUAUGUACAUUUAUUGCAAUGUAAAAAUGAUCAUUUUCAACCAUGUAUGUUAUUUGUAGAGUAAUUUUCGCCCAAAAAAAUUUUAAUCAUGUACUACUGUCUGUCACGCAUUGUAAAGUGGAUAUAAAUUAUACUUUCAAAA